GUAAACAAACUAACACAUGUCGCAAGCAUAUCGAAAUCAUUCGUGAUUUGAGAAGUCAGCGUGAUACGUGUGCCCGUGUUUCCACGUAGCGUGUAAAAAAAUGUAAUCUCUUUAGUCUACAUUUGGAAUCUACUGUAGCGGGGCAGUAACUGUAUACACUUUAUAGCCACACAGUAGUUCUAGAUCUAGACUCAUAUUCGAUUGCGAUGGUUGUUGUAGUUUAGGACAGGUUUUCCGUUUUAGUAAAGUUGAGUUUUUUAAAGUUUACGCUACGCACAGUGAAAGAGUGAAAGAAAGCUGCUCUAACUCUGUGAUCCUGCCCAUCGAUCGAUCCCAAAACUAAACAAGAUUGAUUGAUUUUCACCAUGAGAAAUCCUGAAGAGGCUGGUCCUCCAGAGAAGAAGCCAAAGCUGAUGCACACACAACAAAACCAGGCCCAGCAGUUUGCUUCCCGGGGAAACAGCUUUGAGGAACUGAAAAAUGUCAGAAGGGCGUUGCCCAUUUAUCCAGCCAGGCAGAAGAUCAUUGCGGAGAUCAGAAAAUUCUCAUCUUCAAUUGUCAUUGGUGAAACGGGCAGCGGUAAAACUACACAAUUACCUCAGUAUUUAUUGGAGGCUGGGGUAAAUCAGGGUGCCAUUAUAGCAAUUACACAACCACGCAGAGUCGCAGCUAUAUCAGUGGCACAAAGAGUAGCUCAAGAGAAAAACACGACAGUGGGAAACAUUGUGGGCUACUGUGUCAGGUUUGAGGACGUGACCUCCGCUGCCACAAAGCUGAAGUUUAUGACAGACGGCAUGCUACUGAGAGAGGCCAUCCUGGACCCCACCCUCACCCGCUACUCCAUCAUCAUCCUAGACGAGGCCCACGAGAGGACGAUCAACACAGAUGUUCUCUUUGGUGUAGUCAAGGCUGCCCAGAGGCGGAGACUUAAGACUGGACAGAGGCUGCUUAAGAUAAUUGUCAUGUCAGCUACCAUGGACGUCGACCAUUUCUCAGAAUACUUCAACAAAGCACCUGUUCUGUACCUAGAAGGAAGACAGUAUCCUAUACAGGUGAUGCACACCAAAGAACCCCAGAGUGACUACCUCUUUGCUUCCCUUGUCACACUCUUCCAGAUUCACAAAGAGGCUCCAGCAGGGGAAGAUGUUUUGAUAUUCCUGACUGGUCAAGAAGAAAUUGAAUCAGCUGUGAGAACCAUCACUGACCUGGCCAGGGACCUGAAGGAUGUUCCACAGUUAACGGUCCUGCCGUUGUACGCAGCCCUGCCUUCACAAGUACAGAUCAAAGUGUUUGCCAAAACCCCGCCUGGUCACCGUAAAGUUGUAGUUGCCACCAACAUAGCUGAGACAUCCAUCACCAUUCAUGGAAUCAAAUAUGUCAUUGACAGCGGCAUGGUCAAAGCCAAAGUUUACAACCCUCAUAGUAGCCUUGACCUUCUAAAAGUUGUGACAGCAUCAAAGGCCCAGGUGUUGCAGAGGACUGGCCGUGCAGGUCGCGAGGCACCUGGCUUCUGCUACAGGCUCUUCACAGAACUGGAGUUCCAAAACAUGAGCACAAAUACAAUUCCAGAGAUUCAAAGAUGCAAUUUGGCAAGUGUUGUACUCCAGUUGAUGGCAUUGGGAAUUUCUGAUGUUUCAACUUUUGAUUUCAUGGACAAGCCAGCACCAGAGUCAAUCAACGCUGCACUAGAGGAGCUGGUGCUGCUGGGUGCUCUAGAAAGACAGGCCAACUCAGACAUGUUGAAGUUGACAACACUGGGCAGACAAAUGGCCGCCUUUCCUCUGGAUCCCAGGUUUGCUAAAGUCAUUCUGCUGGCUAAGGAUUUUGAGUGCUUGGAGGAGAUCCUCAGCAUCAUUGCCAUCCUUUCAGUAGAUUCUGUUCUAGUCACCCUGUCUAGUAAGCGUAAAGAAUGUUUAGAAGCCCAUCAGAAGUUCAUGUCUAGUGAUGGGGAUCAUGUGACAUUGUUGAACAUCUACAGGGCCUACAAGUCUGUCAAUGGAAAUAAGAGUUGGUGUUUUGAUAAUUUUGUCAAUGCGCGCAACAUGAACACAGCGCAGGAAGUGAGGAAACAGCUGCGAGAAAUCUGUGAGCGCAACAAGAUGACAUUUUCCUCAUGUGGCAGAGACACGGCAGCCAUAAGAAAGUGUCUUGCAGUUGGAUUUUUCAUGAACGCAGCUGAGCUUUCUAAAGAAGGAGAUUUUUUUACUCUGACCACUAGGACCAAAGUGUCCAUCCAUCCGUCUUCCUCCCUGUUCCAGUGUAAGCCAUCUUGUGUUGUGUACACCGAGCUAGUCAAGACAAGCAAGUGUUACAUGAGGACUUUGAGCGUUGUUGAUCCUGAUUGGCUGUUUGAGGCUGCUCCAAAUUUCUUCAAGAGAAAGAAAGCUCUAGCAGCAGUAUCUUAGCUUUGAUUUCCAGAUUUCUUUUAGUUUAAGUAGCGUGUAGAUCCUGGGGUUGGUCUGUAGCUGUUGCUAGAGUGGAUAAUGCGGGUAUGUAGUUCUAUCCCUUUACUGUUUUCUUCCCAUCUUUCAGUUAAGUGUUUAUUUUUUAAAUUUAAAUUUGUUUUGUUAUAAAGGGUUGGAUAUUAUUUUUUUUAAACUGUAAGAAAACUGGCACAGUUGUUGUUGGUUGUAAAGGACAACAUAUUUAAAGAAAGAUAUUGGAGUGAUCUCUUUGUAUGUGUCACCAUUGCCUUGAAUAAGAAAACAUGAAAUAUAUUGGCCCUUCAUUAGAGAAGUUGUUCUAGGGCAGGUCCAAUCUUGUAUUAAUUGAUGUGGGGGUGUUGUGUUGAAUGUGUGUUUUGGGUUAUUGAGAUUACAAUGUUAUAUGAAUAUAGACAGCUUGAGUGAUUUGUGAGUGGAAUGGAUGAUGGAUUAACUGCACUGUUUGUGUGUUGAGGAUGGCUGUUUUGAUUUAAAAGUCUGUAAGAAAUAAAUUUAAAAAGUUUGUGUGAAGAGUAUUUAACUUUAUUAGAAUAUAUCAAUGCAAUGUGUAAAAUAAGAAUUAGUUCUUGAAAUUUUCUGUUCAUUUUUUUUUGCUCUGUAAUAGAAAAUUAUUGAGUACUUACUAAUUGUAAUUAACUGAGUUAAUGACACUUAAUGUCUUGUUAACAUUUAUCUCUAACUUAUGAACUCUGAUAGAUGAAAUAUUUUUCUGAUGUGUAUAUAUUUAUUUGAUGGCAGAUUAAAGCCACUUGUACAUAGCAUUAAACCUUGUUGCAA